GCCAACGAUCCAGCCGUCCAUACAGGCCAUUUUGAGAUUGCACUACGAUGACCGAGACGCCGACGACUGCCCACACGCCAAAGCGCCGCUUCCUCCUGUACGGAGGCACGGGCUGGAUCGGCCAAAAGCUGAUGGCACUCCUCGCGAGCCAACGCGACCACUGCGACGUGGGACGCGCCCGACUCGAGGACCGCGCCGCUGUCGCUGCCGAAGUGCGCACGUUGGCGCCGACGCAUGUCAUCAACGCCGCCGGCGUCACUGGCCGGCCCAACGUCGAUUGGUGCGAGACGCACCAAGCCGAGACGAUUCGGUGCACACAAUGAAAUCUCUCGACCUACGCGCACAUGCGUUUGCUAUGUAGGGCCAACGUGGUCGGCUGCUUGAACGUCGUCGACGUGUGCCACGAGGCGUCGCAGGACGGCCGCGUCACGCCGAUCCACUGCACGGUCAUUGGCUCGGGCUGCAUCUUUACGUACGAUGACGCGCACCCGAUGCACAGCGACAAGCUCUUCACCGAGGACGACCGCGGCAACUUUACCGGAUCGUUCUACGCCAAGACCAAGGGCAUGCUGGAAGAGAUGCUGCGAUCGUACCCGAAUGUAUGCGUCCUGCGCUUCCGCAUGCCGCUCUCGGACGACCUGCACGAACGAAGCCUCCUUACCAAGCUACUCCACUACCCCAAGGUCAUCAACAUCCCCAACUCGAUCACGGUGCUGCACGAUCUCUUGCCGGCGGUGGUGCUGCUCGCCAAGCAGCGGAACGUCGGCGUCUUCAACUUUACCAACCCCGGCGUCGUCUCGCACAACGAGCUCCUCGACUUGUACAUCCAGUACAUCGACAAGUCGUAUGUCUACACCAACUUUGGGGCGGCCGACGAAGCCGCUUUGUGCCAGUCGCGCUCCAAUGUCGCGCUCGACUCGUCCAAGCUCCAGGCGGCCCUGGGUUCGAAUCUCGUGAUCCCGCACAUAACCGCGUCGCUCUACGCGCUCUUCCGCCGCAUGGCGCAACACUAAGCUUUCAACAUGUACACGCAGCCGAGGACA